GAUUUUCCCGAACGGUCAUGGCGGGAACUGCAACAGUCAGUGUCUCAUUACCCACUUCCACUUCAAUCUUCUCCUCUUUAUCUUCACUUAGAUUUUCUUCAAAGCCAUUGCCUCUUCCUAUGCGUUUUUCUCCAAAACCGCCUUCCCCUCCAAGAUUUCUCGGGAUUUACGCUUUGUCUAGUAACGAUAUCAAAGUUGGGACUAACCUUGAAGUUGAUGGAGCUCCUUUGCGAAUUUUAGAGUUUCUCCAUGUUAAACCUGGAAAAGGGGCUGCAUUUGUGAGGACCAAAAUGCGCAAUUACAUAACAGGAAACACUGUUGAGAAGACUUUCCGAGCCGGUAGUACGAUUGAGGAGGUAAAUGUUUUCAAGGAAACCAAGCAGUUCACUUACAAGGAUGGUUCCCAAUUUGUCUUCAUGGACCUGAACACAUUUGAAGAAACCCGUCUCGAUGAGGUAGAUGUAGGGGACAAGACAAAGUGGUUGAAAGAGGGAAUGGACUGCAUUUUGCUCUUCCGGAACGGAAAGGUUAUUGAUUUUGAGGUCCCCAUUACGGUUCAGCUCACUGUCGUCGAUGUUGAUCCUGGCCUCAAGGGUGACACUGCUUUAGGUGGAUCCACCAAACCUGCAACUCUAGACACCGGCGCCAUCAUUAAUGUUCCGCUAUUUGUUAAUACCGGUGAUCAAAUAAUGGUGGAUACAAGAACCGGGCAAUAUAUGAGCCGUGCAUAACCUUUUGGCUUGGAGAAUUCUUAUAAUCGACAAUUGUUUUUAGGUUCAAUUCAUUUGUUCAUAUAAAUAAACAUUCAA